ACCCUUUCAGGAACUAUUCGAGAGAUUUCACUCGGUGAACGAAAUUAUUCGGCAGGCGAGGAACAAAGGACAGCGGGUGUUAAUUUACUCCAAAGACAAUUUGGCCGCAUGUCAGGCGUUUGCGUUAGCCUACAACAUGUAUUACUAUAAUCUCAACUUGCAAAGAGCACUUGAUAAUUUUGCACGCUUAAAAGUGAAUGUUGAACUUAGCGAUUUUCUGAGAUCUGCCUUAGUAAAUUGGGCUUCACUCUGCGAAGAAGAAAAGAAGGCACGAGAGGCAAGCUCAUCACGUCGAACUGAUUGGCAAGAGGCGAGACCAGCUACGGUAGAUUGCGGCGUAAAAAGGGUAGCUUGGCAAUAG